AGCUGCCAAAACUAUCGGCAUGCUUCCUGGGGUGAAAGGUCACAGCUUACGUCACAGUCUCUGACUGGUCGCUGCUGCUUGACUGUUGGCGGCGCCAAAAGAUGUGCAAGAAGUCUUCGCGUGUGACUGCCGAUUGCAGCUUGUCUAAUCCUGUAUGUGUGGUGGGCUCAGUCCAGCUCCAAGCAAAUUAUUUUUGUGCCUGGGCAUCUGCCAGAAGUCUCAGCAAGAAAUACAAAAGUUCUCAAUGUAUCACUUAUUCAGAUAGUAUUAAUUAUUUUUAACAAGUUGAACGAUGUCUCAUGAAAUAAAAGCUGAUUCACAACAAUCUCAAGGCACGUCAAGUUCUUCGUCCAGUGCCCCUCACUCAUACAGCCAGACCUCAUCAUCUGGAUCUGGCACUCUGAGUUCUUUGGAUACGGUUCCAGUACAAGACCUUGCAUCUAUUCCUGAGGAUGUCGAAAUGGAAGAACAUGUCCCUCAGCCAUGGGGACGUCUCUGGGCACUUGGAAAGGGUUUUCUUAACCAUGAUUGUGUGAAUGAAGAAUAUGUGUUUGGAAGAGAUAAGCAAUGUGACUACACUUUUGAUAGACGAGUCUUAAACCAAACCGAGAGAUACAAAACAUACAGCAAAAGGCAUUUUCGGAUAUUUAGGGAACCUGGUCCUGGGCAUUCACAUGUGGCGUACAUAGAGGAUUUCAGUGGCAAUGGAACAUUUCUUAAUAAACAACUGGUUGGCCGAGGAAAUCGUCUACCUCUAACAAAUAAUGCUGAAAUUGCACUUUCAUUAUCAUCUAAUAAAGUUUUUGUGUUUUCAGAUUUGCUUGUUGAUGACCAAACUAUAUAUCCAAAGGAGUUUGCAAAUAAAUUUAUCAUGUCAAGAACAAUAGGAAGUGGCGCAUGUGGAGAAGUAAAAUUAGCUUUUGAAAAAUCAACAUGCAAGAAAGUGGCUGUGAAAAUUAUAAGCAAAAAGAAAUUCAGAAUGAGCCCGCCAGUUACAAAUGAACAACCAAUUUCUGUUGAUACAGAAAUUGAAAUCUUAAAAAGACUAAAUCAUCCCUGUAUAAUUAAGAUUAUAGAAUUUUUCGACUCUGAAGACAGCUAUUAUAUUGUUCUAGAAUUGAUGGAAGGAGGUGACCUGUUUGACAGAGUAAUAACGUGUACAAGGCUCAAAGAAUCUACUGCAAAAUUGUACUUUUAUCAAAUGCUGCUAGCUGUCCAGUAUCUUCAUGAAAAUGGAAUUAUACAUCGGGACCUAAAGCCAGAAAAUGUUCUUCUGUCAUCAACUAGUGAAGAAUGUUGUAUAAAGAUAAUGGAUUUUGGUCAGUCAAAAAUUCUUGGGGAAGCCUCUUUAAUGAGGACGUUAUGUGGAACUCCAACUUACUUGGCACCAGAGGUUUUAAACACCGCAGGCACAGCUGGUUAUGGCAGUGCAGUGGACUAUUGGAGUUUGGGAGUGAUUCUUUUUGUAUGUCUUAGUGGAUAUCCACCAUUUUCAGAACAGUCUUCUGAAAUGACAUUGAAAGAUCAGAUUGCAGGGGGAAACUACACCUUUAUUGCCACUGCUUGGGAACAUGUGUCUCAAUCAGGUUUAGACCUUGUUAAGAAAAUGCUGGUAGUUGAUCCAUCUCAAAGAUUGACGACCAAAGAAGCUCUGGAACAUCCCUGGCUUAAGGAUGAUAAAAUGAAAAGUGUAGCAGAAAAAAUAAUGCAAGAUGCUCUCCAUCUGAUGCCUCCACCAUUGCAGAAUUUACUAACCCGAAAACGUGCACUAGAAGAAGAUGAUGAACCCUCUACUUCCAAAUUUACUGAGAAGUUACUAGCCACAGCUGAAAAGCGAACUAAAAAAUGACAAUUAUGUAAUGUACUUUUUUUUAACUUACAUAAUUGACUACUAAGUGCCUUUUGAAAUGGCCCAUUAAAGAACAAUAACUUAAUGUCCCAGAACACAGACAACCACCUGUGCUGAAGAAAUCAGUUUUCUGAAGGUUUGAUGAUGAUACAAGUCUUAUCAUGUGUUUGCGAAGAAGAAACUGGGGGUUCAAGUCUCUGGGGUGCUAUUUCACACUGGCACCUAAAGGUUAAAUAUAUGUGCAUUGAAAUCUUUAUGUAGCAUAAUUAACAGGUUUCAAAGAAAUCACUAUUCAUUUCAAAAGCAUGUAAGCUAAUUGAAUGCUACAUGGAUAAUGGUUAAAGGACCAUUAAAUACAGUAUUUUAGCAUAAUUAAAAAGUGCAUAGUAAAAAAAAUCAGUGAAAUAAAUAAAUAAGCAGCAAUUUUGUUUUCUGACAUUUAUUUUCUGCCCCCCCCCCCUAUUUCCAAGCCUUCUGUAUCAUGUGACAGGCAUCAGCCAAUCACAGACUAGUAUACGUAUACACUGUGAACUUGUGGACAUGCUCAGUAGGAGCUGAUGCCUCAGAAAGUGUGUAUAUAAAAAGAUUGGGAAAAUGUCCAUCAGUUUGUCUUGUGUUCCAGCAAGUGACCUCAUUUGUUGUUAAAGGGACAUGAAACCCACAUUAUUUAUUUCAUGAUUUAGGUAGAACAAUGUUAAACAACUUUCUAGUUUACUUCUAUUACCAAACGUCUUAAUUCUUUUGGUUUGCUUUGCUGAUGGAGCAGCAAUGCACUGCUGGUUUCUAACUAAACACAUGGAUUAGCCAAUGACAAUCGGUAUGUAUGUGUAUAUAUAUAUAUAUAUAUAUAUAUAUAUAUAUAUAUAUAUAUAUAUAUAUAUGCUCUGACUACAUCAUGAAUGUCUUAUUAUGACUUUACUGUCCCUUUAAAAAUCAAAUAUGGACAAGGUUUUCCUUAACAAUAAAUCUUGUGUUUUACUUUUUUCUAUAUUGAAUUAUUUGAUUACUUGGGAACCAGUAUUUCUAUGUUGUUGGGGUAAUAAAUAAUCUCACUGUUUUUUCAAGUAUUUUUGCAUUGAUAUCUCUUUUUAAAUCAUAUUGUCAAACAGGUAAAAGUUUUACCGUUUGCUGAGUAUUCAUUUUAUAUUCACAACACAGAAUUCAUAGAUUUAUACAGCUCAAGAGCUGUAUCUUGUCUGCCACCUCCCUAUGUAAAUGUACUGCUUGUUAAAUACAUUAUUAUAAUUUACAGUAACUAAUAGAUAAAUAGUUCAGAUUUGUAUACUAAUUCUUAAAGUGAUGAGCAGAUGUGAAUAAAAAGGGAGAAGCUGCAUUGUUAGUGAAAAAGCAUAUCAUUUUGCAAUAACUGUAGUUGUCUAGCGCAAAGCUUAAAAGGGACACUAAAGUCAAAAUGAAACUAUAUUGAUUCAAACAGAACAUUCAGUUUAUAGAGACUUUCCAAAUUACUUCCAUUAUCAAAUUGUGCUCAGUCUUGGCACACUUUCUGAGGCACCAGCUGCUGCUAAGUAUGUGCAAGUGUUCACAGUGUAUACAUAUAUGAGUCUAUGAUUGGUUGAUGCCAUGAUACGUGGGGCCAGCAAUUUGAAGUAAAUUUUGAAAUCUGAAAAACUUCUGGUGCUUAUGUAAAAUUUAGAUUAAGUUAUAUUGCAUUGUCUCUUUAUUAUGCACUUGUUAAAAGUCCACUGUAUUUAAUGGCCAUUUAAAGAAUGUAUAUAGUGUUAAGGACUUCAAUCAAGUUAUAAUGUUUUGCUUUUAUAGAUUGUGAACAACUAGGAACCAUGCUGCCAUCUAGUAAUGAUUUCUAAUAAAUUCACGUCUGUUAUGAGAA